AUGCCGUCACCACGAACAAUCAAAGAAAUGCAACGACUAGCCGGCCGUCUGGCCGCGCUCAAUCGAUUUCUGUCAAACCACACUGCAAAAUCGUAUCCUUUUAUCAGCACCCUGCGCAAUUGUGUAAAGAAACAAGAGUUCAAGUGGACGCCCAAAGCAGAAACCGCAUUUCAGCAGAUGAAAGAAUGUUUGAUAAAGCUCCCUACUUUGACUGCGCCAUUCGAGAAAGAACCACUCAUACUGUACUUGUCUUCUUCGGAUAAGGCAGUAGGGUCGGUAUUGCUUGUGGAAAGAAAUGGAGUGCAGACUCCAAUUUAUUACGUCAGUAGGGUGCUUACUGAUCCAGAAACGAGAUAUUCAACAAUGGAAAAGCACGAUAUUGCAAAAACCAGAGACAUCUGGGCGGUUAGCAAAGUGGGCGAUCGAGCUGGGGGCCAUAACAUCUUGUACAGGCCGCGCCCAGCCAUCAAGGGUCAAGUUCUGGCGGACUUCCUCACAGAAGUACCAGUGGAAAAAAUCAAGGAUUGUGAGAUUGUUGAGACUCCCGUAAAAGACACGUCAAACGAGUUAUGGUUGCUAUACACUGAUGGGGCCUCAAACAAAGAUGGCGCAGGAGCCGGGUUGCGCCUUGUGAGCCCCGAGAAGCAUGAAUUUACAUACGCCAUCAAGUUGGAUUUCAAGAACACCAACAAUGAGGCGGAAUAUGAGGCAUUCUUGGCAGGCUUGCGCCUCGCCAUAAAAAUGGGAGCUCAAAAUCUACAAGCGCACGUUGAUUCACUCUUGAUCGCCAGCCAAAUUAACGGUCUAUACGAUGCAAAGGGUGAAGUUAUGGCCCUGUAUUUAGAUCAAGCAAAAGAGUUGCUUCAACAGUUCAAAUCUUACAAGGUAGUUCACAUCAACCGCUCCGAGAACAAACCAACAGACGCCUUAAGCAAGCUCGCUUCAACUUCCUUUCAACAUCUCGCCAAGGAUGUAAGGAUUAAAGUACUCAAACAUCCAUCGGUUCUGCUGCGCCAGGUAAAUGUGAUCGAAGUAGGGCAGGCAUCUUGGAUGACCCCUAUAAUUCAAUAUCUGCAAGAAGGAAUACUCUCGGAGAGCAAAGCAGAGGCAAGGAAAAUUCAAAACAAGUCCCUGCAUUAUGAGAUGAAUGGUGGUAUCUUAUACCGAAAGUCCUUCUUGGGGCCCUUAUUGCGCUGUGUGGACCCCCAAGACGCGAAUUACUUGAUUAGGGAGAUUCACGAAGGGGUCUGUGGCAUCCAUGCAGGCCCACGCAUGGUUGUCGCGAAGAUUAUGAACGCUGGAUAUUACUGGCCAGGGAUGCACGUCGACGCCCUGAAGGAGUUGCGCAAAUGCGACUCCUGUCAGCGACAUUCUCCAAAAACCCUGCGCCCAAAAACGAUCUUAUCUCGAUUUGGCCUCCCACUCAAAAUCGUCACAGACAACGGUACCAAUUUUGCUUCCGAAGAUCUUCAAAAAUGGAUGAAAGAAAUGAAGAUUGAGCACACACUCUCCUCCGUUGCGCAUCCUCAAGGCAAUGGUCAGGUUGAAAGUGUCAACAAGAGUAUCAUCGAAGGGAUAAAAGCCCGACUGGGCACAAAGAGAAGAGGUUGGGUAGAUGAGCUCCCAAGCAUCCUGUGGGCUUAUCGAACCAUGCCGAAAACAAGUACUGGCGAAACUCCUUUUAGCCUAGUCUACGGCUCGGAGGCAGUUAUCCCGUCUGAAGUUGGACUCCCCUCACCGCGCUUGACAGCAGUCUACACGGUCGAUAACGAAGCAGAGCGCCAUAUCGACUUAGAUCUACUGGAAGAAAGACGCGAAAUUGCGCGAAUUAAAGAAGCUAAGUACAAGACACAGCUGGAAAUGAGAACAUGUCUUCAGAGACAAUGA